AUGGAUGUUGGUGAGGCAGCCGCAUCGGCAACAUCUACGCUAAAGGCCGAUGUUAGAAUGGUGUUGGUUGGAGAAGAAAAAGUCGGUAAGACCUCAUUACUCAUGGCUCUUUUGGAAGACGAGUUUGUCGAUCAUGUACCCUCAAAGUUGGACCCGGUGCUUAUUCCGGCCGACGUUACUCCAGAAAACGUGGUUACUUCGAUCGUAGAUACUUGCUCUGUGUCUGAAGAUGAAACUUCCAUUAGUAAUGAACUUUCUGCUGCCAAUGUUAUUUGUCUUAUUUACGAUGUAAAGGUGGAAUCAACUGUUUCAAAGGUUACAACCUACUGGCUCCCACUAAUCAGAAAGGUUUUGGGCGAAGAACAUGCAACACCAAUUAUCUUAGUUGGAAACAAAUCUGAUGGACCGAAUAAUCAUACACAACAGGUUUUACCUAUAAUGGAGCAAUGGGGUGAAGUGGAAACUUGCGUGGAGUGCAGUGCUCGUACGAUGAAAAAUGUUUCGGAGAUUUUCUACUAUGCUCAGAAAGCGGUUGUAUACCCCACAAGGCCCCUUUAUGAUGUUGACGAAAAGCGGUUGACCGAACGAGCUCGUAAAGCGUUGAUCCGAGUUUUCAAAAUAUGCGAUCGAGACAAUGACGGACUACUUAAUGAUUUGGAGCUGAACGCUUUUCAAAGAUUAUGUUUCGGAAUUCCCCUGACGCCUUCGGCUAUUGAGGAUGUUAAACGAGCGGUUGCUGAUGGCUGUCCUGAUGGAGUUGUUGAUGAUUCUCUAGCGUUGGCAGGAUUUCUUUAUCUCCAUUUGCUAUUCAUUGAAAGGGGGAGACACGAAACAACUUGGACAGUACCAAUGGGUUGUUCAACCGAACUCUCACCGGAAGGAGUGCAGUUUGUGUCCGGCCUCUUUGAGAAGUAUGACGAGAAUAAAGAUGGAUGUCUUGAUCCUGCCGAGUUAACAAGUUUGUUUUCUGCGUGCCCUGCCAACGCUUUUUCAAGAGAGAUACUCGCUGCAGUAGAAACGAAUGUACGAGGAUGGCUUACAUAUAGUGGAUAUAUGGCUUACUGGCAUAUGACGACGUUGACUAACUUAUCGCAAUCAUUGGAACAACUCGCUUAUUUGGGCUUUGCUGUUGGACGUGGUGGUACCGGAAAGUCAAUAGGAUCCACUCGCGAUGCUAUACGAAUCACAAGAGAACGACGCGUUGAUCUCAUGGAAAGAUCUACUGAUCGGAAAGUGUUUCAAUGUCUUGUUGUUGGCGCGAAAGAUGCUGGCAAGACUGUUUUUAUGCAAUCAAUGGUAGGGCGGGGCUUAACUGAGGUUGCUGCUAUUGGUCGACGCCAUUCACCUUAUGUUAUCAACCGUGUAAAAGUAAAAGAUCAGGACAAAUAUCUUUUGCUAAGAGAAGUUGAUGUCCUAGCACCAUCGGAUGUCCUCUCUGGGACGGAAAGCAACGGAGAUGUGGUUGCUUUUCUUUACGAUAUUUCAAAUCCGGAUUCUUUUGCGUUUUGUGCCACACUAUACCUCAAAUAUUUUUACAGAACUAAAACUCCGUGUGUAAUGGUUGCCACAAAGGUUGAACGCGAAGAAGUGGAGCAGCGCUAUGAAACCCAGCCGGAAGAAUUUUGUCGGCAACACGAACUUCCACGACCAAUUCGCUUUGCUAGGAGUCAGAUUGGUCAACCGUCGGGAUCUGUCUUCGAACAACUUGCAACGAUGGCCUGUUAUCCUCAUUUGCGACGCGUCUAUUUCCUUCAUGACUCAAAUCUUUUGUCUCGAAUCACAUUUGGUGCUGCUUUGGCUGCCCUGGCCGGAUUUUUGAAACAAAUGAGUAACAAAGAAUUGGAAGAGGAAGAUUCUUCAAAAAAUGAAGAUUUCGAUGACGUUAGUGAAAGUGUCUCUGAACAGCUAGAGCCUGAGACAAAAAGGAGUCGUAAUUUGCAAAAAGAAACUGAGACGAUUCCCGAAGGAAUGUCGAAACGUCAAUUCAAGAAGUUGCAGAAAAGUGACCGAUGGCAAGAGAAACGAAAAGUGAAACGCGCUGAAGAGAAGGCAAAGCGAAAAGAGCGUCGUGCACAACUUAAAGCAGAUGGAAAAGGACAAGAAUUGGCAGGGAGGAGAUUUCAUAGAAAGAUGAAAGAUAGCCAAUGCAAGUUGAGAGUUGCCGUUGAUAUGCAGUUUGAUCAUUUAAUGACUGCCCGUGACCAAAAAAGAACUGUCAUUCAGUUGUCUUGGUGUUAUUCGGUUAAUCGGCGAGCUGAAAAUCCACUACAAUAUCAUAUUGUUUCUCAAAAUGGCAAAAGCAGACAAUAUUUCGAUAAGACAUAUGAGAAUUGGGAUGCCCAUAGACAUUUGGAGCCGUUGGAAAAAGUAUUUGAUCCAGAGGAAAUUGUCUACCUAACUGCAGACUCUGAAAAUGUUAUAGAGAAAUUGGAUGACACCAAAGUGUAUGUUAUCGGUGGAAUUAUUGAUCAUAACAGUCAAAAGUUUUUAUGUUACAAUUUGGCUAAAGAUCAUGGAUUUGCACAUGCGCGUUUGCCUAUCGGAGAACAUAUCAAAAUGGAUUCUCGCAAGGUUCUCACUAUCAAUCACGUUUUUGAGAUUUUACUGAGAGUCUCUGAAGGUAACACUUGGCCCGAUGCAUUGAUGAAAGUUCUACCUCAGCGAAAAAGCGCUGCCAAGAAAGAAACCGACGAUUCCACAUCACUACCAGAGCCAGACGAUGAUAAAAUUAAAGAAGAAUUAGAUGAA